AUGUUGAUGCCGAAAAAGAAUCGUAGGGCUAUCUACGAAUACUUGUUCAAAGAAGGUGUUAUGGUCGCUGAAAAGGAUUUCCAUAAACCUGUACAUCCCGAUAUUGAAGGCAUUCCAAAUUUGCAAGUUAUCAAAGCUAUGCAGAGUCUCAAAUCUAGAGAUUAUGUCAAAGAACAAUUUGCGUGGCGUCACUAUUAUUGGUACUUGACGAACGAAGGAAUUCAAUACCUUAGGGAUUAUCUUCAUUUGCCAACUGAGAUUGUUCCAGCUACACUGAAGAGACAAGCUAGACAAGAUCCAAGAGGACCCAGAACCACACCAGGAGGUAGGCCUGAAGGCGGUCGGUCAGGUGAAGACAGAGCAACAUAUAGGCGGGCUCCAGGUGCACCUGGUACAGACAAGAAAGCUGAAGUGGGUGCUGGUACUGCUGAAUUGGACUUUAGAGGACCUGGUGCAUUUGGUGGAUUUGGCCGUGGCAGAGCUCCACCUCAAUAA